CGAACGUUGCUUGCUGUUAGUCUUUUGCUCUCCUACCGGCAGUAGCGCAGCAAUGAAUAUGGACGGUGAACUUCACGUCGACGACGUUUCAAACGAUGAGCUCAGUGACUCGCUCACCAUGCUCUUAAAUAAUCUGUCAGAUUCAGAAACCUCCUCAUCCCAAGCAUCUUCUCCACCAGACUGGGCUCAGCUUUCCUCUCUCUGGCCGCAACAACCCUUGGACUUGAAUUCUGACCAGAAUUCAAAAUUUCCUGAUCUUGGCGGCUCUUUCAACUUCUCUUUUCCUAUGGACCUUGACCUUAAUGCUGCAUUGUCCAUGGCUGUCGACCCAAGUACAUUGCACUAUCAUAACACAUCUCCGCAGACUAUGUUCGACAUGAAUUCUCUUCAUUUCCAGCCCCAGGAUUUACUUUCCUCUUUUCCGUUCACUUUCUCCUCACCUACCCUCAGCUCUGCCUCGGCGUCUUCCAGCUCGGCAGAUGAGAAGUCACCCCGGAUGAGCAUCUCAUCCGGUACGUCCGUGUCUCCGGUCAUGGUACCGAUUAGCUCGGGUACAGACCCCUUCUCUGGGGUGAUCAUGCAGGCAAAAUUGCCCAUACCCCGGCUCAUAUCCUCUAUUCCGGCAUUGCCUUCCUCCAAACCACCGAAGCACAAGCAGGACUCUCAACCUUAUCUCUCAUCUUCAGCAUCGUCCUCUCCUUCCCCCGGUCCGACCACUCCCACUUCCGACUCUGGAUCAUCCGCACCUAACACUCAGAUGGCAGGUGCUGCUGUCAUUAGCCGCCCAAAGACUAGUCAUACAACUAUCGAGCGCCGUUACCGCACAAAUCUCAACGCGCGCAUUCAAAGCCUCAAGGCCUCUGUCCCUGCUCUUCGCGUUCUAGACCAAAAUACUACCCAGGAAGGUGAUGUUGUAGAUGAACGCGGGUACAUUGACGGUGUCAAAGUCGCGAGGAAAGGAAGCAAGGCCAAUGUGCUCGGAAAGGCAGUUGAGUAUAUCCGCGUUUUGAAAAGGCGUGAGAUUAGGCUUCAGCGCGAGCAAGAAGGGCUGCGUACCCUCAUCCUUGGAAUUCCCGGUGCUCAACCUCUCCUUGCUGAAUGGGACCAUGAGUGGGCCAAAAAAUUUGGAGGCCCAGAACGUGAUGAAAUCGGCAAUGAUGCCGAAGCCUACGAAGCGAGUGAUGAUGAAGAUGGCGAUGGGGAAGACGAGGGUGAUGACUCUGAGCGCGCCCGCAAGAAGCCCAAGUUAACAAAGACACCUGCGGCCAAGAAGGAUAAAUUACCUGCUGUUUCUGUUGCCGCUGUUGCGCCCACACCCAUCGCCGAGGGUAUCCCCGGAGCACUGCCGGAGAAGCGCAAGCGAGGUCGACCCCGUAAGAUCCAACCUGGCGCUCCGCUUCCGAUUGUCGCUGCUGCACCUGUUUUGCUCAGUGACUCUGUUAGUGCACCAGUCCAGGGCGAUGUUACUAUGCAGGCACAGCCCCAGCAGUAUCUGCUUGCUGUCUUUGCGCUCUUCUCAUUUUUCAACUCGCCCUUCAACUCAACAGGUGCUUCGCAUCCUCACACGCACCAAGGUUCGGUACUAUCCCAGGUUACCGAUUCUACACCUGUUGCUACUACUACGAUGUGGUCAUGGAGCAGCGCCGUACAAGCCAUUCAUCUGAUCGCAUCUGUUCUGGUUCUGUUCACAAUCAUCGUUCCAUGGCUACCUCUUCCAGGAUAUGUUCAACGUGCCAAGAUCAUGCGCCUCAUACCCUUUAGUUACCUAAUCAGCAGUCGAGCACCACUUACAACUCACGAGGUGGCGGAAUCUCUUUCUCCCCCUCUCUCCCCUGAUAUCAGCGACUCAGAGUCAGACGCUGAUUCGACCACCACGGAGAGAACUACCCGCCAAGAGCAAGGUCCAUUGUCAGAUGCACUUGCUCAGAGCGGUUCCCAGGAUGAACGUGAUGCUCUCAUUGACGCACUAGGUUUGAGCACCGGUGCACUUGGAGCAGUCCGAAGCGUUUUCACCAGGCGUAUGGUGAACGAGGUCUCCGACUUUGAACUUGAGCGAAGGGCUUGGAUUCGCUUAGCCGAGCUUGUUGCUCUUCACCCCGCCUCAGCUUCGGCCCUUUUACGUCUUCGAGUCUAUCUGCGUCUUUCGUCUAUAUUAGGCACAUCUGGCAAAACAACACAACACGCAAGUGAUCUGGCGACACUGGGUCUUCUUGCCCAUUCACUCCCAGCAUUCUACAUAAAGGAUCGUUCGCAAAGGUUAUGGAAACGUGCUCGUGUUGGGGUGGUCCGCCCUUACGAGCGAUUAGUGCUAGAAACGCUCUCUCUCGAGCAAGCCGCUCUGACACUUACAUCCUCACCCCCAACCACAUCCCUAACGCCACUUGGUGCCCUCGCCACGACCCUUCUACGCCAACGUCUCCGCUCCCACACAUCCAAACUUUUCGUGCAAACUGUCACCCAUUCGCACAGUGAUCCACUUUCUCAAUCCCACGACGUAGAGCAGGAAGCCAGGUGGAACGAGACCAUCAACGCAGGCCGGAGUCUAGGCGGCGUCAUCGGCGCUAUCUCCGACUCAUUCGCUAAAGUACGGGAGAAUGACGUGUUGAAUGUGAAAGACCUAGUCGUAGACGAUGAGGACAUCAAAAUCGUGCUGAACACCAUCAUUUUAUUCCGGCGGAUCUUUCCAUCUCGGAUUCUGUGCUGCGAUGACACCAAUGACGAGGUUUCGUUUAUAUUGUCUCCCCCACCCAGUCCGCCUGCGAGAGGACCACAGAAGGAGGUGGUGAUGCAGUUGCGUCGGGCAUUGGGGUCGAGUGUAUUUGAGGAGCAGAGCGAGGAUCGGGAUGAGUUGGAGGAUUCGCGGGAUCGUGCGGUGGAUAUGCUUGUUGAGUAUGAGAGACGGGGGAGGACUCGUGUUUGAUAGGUUUGUCUUUGAGAUAUGUGAUAAAUAGAGAUCUUACAAUAUAUUAGUAUUUACCCGCUUGUUGUCGGUUGUACUGCAGACUUUUGAUUUCGCUUUGGACAACUCGUUGGCACUUGGAACAUAUGUACGCC